AUGUCUAAAUCACCAGAAGAGGCGACAGCCAAAUCUUCAAGCUGUAAUUCUUCUCCAAUUAAUGUUGAAGAUGAUCGCAGACAUUACGUGGCAUCCCCUUUGGCGACUGAAUUUAAUAAAGGUGAUGAUAAUAAUGCUUCAGAUAAUGUUGUCGACAAUGUAAAGGAUAAUUCAAAUGGAAAUGAUCAAGAGGAACAACCUAUUCCAGUUUCAGGCAAUUUAUUUUUUAUUUUUUAUGAUGAGGAAACUUGUGAGGAUACUCAACAGCAACAACAGGAUCAAACUUAUGAUUCUUUUGGACAACAAAUAGAGACUCAUCCAAAUGAUUCUUUCAAUGAGAUCGAUGAUAUUUCCAUUGCUGGAGAGAUAAAUGACUAUUUAUUAAAAAAUAACGUCAAUUUUGCAGAAUUUAAUACCGUAGUGGAUAUGUGGGGAUUUUGUGAUGCAAUCAGUGCACAACAUGGAGGUUUACCCGAUUCUUUACUUAAGGAUGCGUUUUGUAUUGUACUUGAGGGUUUUUUAAAUCAUGCACAGAAUAAUUCGUGGCAGCGUCAACAUCUUGAUAAUAUGUUAAGAAUGUGGAAGGUAGAAAUGUUAAAAUCGAAAUCAACCCCACGUCCAACGAAGUUUGUGGCGGCACCGUUUUCGGAUACAAUUGGAACAGAAAAGCACAAUUUGGAUAGAGAAUCGACCUUAGAAAAACAAGAAGAAUCUAAAGAUCAAACAGCAACACCUGAACAAUCCCAAGCGUCAGAAGAAGCCAUAAAAACAGCUAAACGGCAAAAGAGGGAAAUGCAAAGACGGAAACGCAAAUUGGCUGCGAUAAUGGGUGUUGGACAGGUUUUAUCAAGUGCCCGUCGUAAAAUGGCUACUGAAGAUGCAGAAGUUGAGGUAAAAGAGGAUGAAUUUGGAAAUUUUUUGAUUGGAGGCAUGCCAUUAAGUUUUGAAAGCUGGGGUCAACUUAACAGAGUUAAAGACAAUGACAUUGUACAUGUUGGAAUAGAACCACCUUCAAAAAGUAAUUCCGUUUCUCCUACUCAUCCUAAUGGUUUUGUCUCUUCACAAAAACAACAACAGCGUGACUUAAGUAUGGCUGAAAAAUAUCCUACGGUUAGCGAGGUAGAAAUGCCUUCAAAUGAUAUUCAGCCAACGACAACUAGUGGAAUCCCUUCAUCGGUUGCUGGCACAUCAGCUUCCAAAGAAGUCAAGGAUUUAACUCCAGUAAAGAGUCCAAUACCACCACCUCCUAAAGAAAAAGAUGAGGGCGAACUCAGCAGUAGCGAACCUUCUGAUAAACCUACCUCUUCAGAAGAAUCAUCUGAUGAUGAAAGCCAACAAAAAUCUUUUACUUUUAAAAGGAAUGCUGCUUUGUUAAAGAAAAAUAUUGAAAGCCGACCUUCUCAACGACCUCCACAACAGCAGGAGAGAAAACGAAUAAAAAAGGAUGAACGUCAACAAGGAGGACAACAGGGCGCUUCAAGUGCACAAAAUCUUCAACAAUUACUUCAGAAAUGUUUUGAUCUUCGUGGCCGAAUUGUUAGAAAGUUGAGUAUUCAACAAAAAGCAAUGUUUAUGGAUCUAUUAAAGCAAAGUAUGGCUGGGACACUUCAACAAGGAGUUCAAAAUUUACAGCAACAACAAGCAAUGGCAUUGUUGAUGAAUACAAUUAAUGCAUCUGGGAUUGGCAGUAGUUCAUCAUAA